AUGAAACCAGGAGGUUUUUGGCUGCAUCUCACACUGCUCGGGGCCUCCCUGCCGGCUGCGCUGGGAUGGAUGGACCCAGGAACCCGCAGAAGCCUCAGCGUGGGUGUGGGGGAGUCCCAGGCAGAGGAAUCCAGGAGCUUUGAAGUCAUGAGAAGAGAAGGGCUUUCCGGCCACAGUGGGCUGCCAACCUCCUGCGGAAAGAAGUUCUGCAGCCGUGGGAGCAGGUGUGUGCUCAGCAGGGAGACGGGGGAGCCCGAAUGCCGGUGCCUGGAGGCGUGCAGGCCCAGCUACGUGCCCGUGUGCGGCUCCGAUGGGAGGUUUUAUGAAAACCACUGUGAGCUCCACCGUGCUGCGUGCCUGCUGGAGAAGAAGAUCGUCAUCGUCCACAGCAAGGACUGUUUCCUUAAAGGUGACCCGUGCACCAUGGCCGACUACGCCCGCCUGAAGAAUGUCCUUCUGGCGAUCCAGACCCGCCUGCAGCCACCCCAAGAAGGGGACAGCAGACAAGACCCUGCCUCCCAGAAGCGCCUCCUGGUGGAAUCUCUGUUUAAGGACUUGGACGCAGAUGGCGACGGCCACCUCAGCAGCAAUGAACUGGCUCAGCACGUGCUGAAGGAGCAGGACCUGGAGGAGGACUUCUUGGGGUGCUCACCGGGUGACCUCCUCCGGUUUGAUGACUACAACAAGGACGGCUCCCUGACCCUCCAUGAGUUCUACACAGCCUUCCAGGUGGUUCAGCUCAGCCUCGCCCCCGAGGAGAGGGUCAGUGUGGCCACGGUGACCGUGGGGCUGAGCACGGUGCUGACCUGUGCCAUCCGCGGAGACCUGCGGCCACCCAUCAUCUGGAAGCGUAAUGGGCUCGCCCUCAACUUCCUGGACUUGGAAGACAUCAAUGACUUCGGAGAGGACGACUCCCUCUACAUCACCAAGGUGACCACCAUCCACAUGGGCAAUUACACCUGCCACGCCUCCGGCCACGAGGAGCUGUUCCAGACCCACGUCCUGCAGGUGAAUGUGCCACCAGUCAUUCGCGUCUAUCCGGAGACCCAGGCACAGGAGCCUGGGGUGGCGGCCAGUCUGAGAUGCCAUGCAGAAGGCAUUCCUAUGCCCAGAAUCACUUGGCUGAAAAAUGGUGUGGAUGUCUCAACCCAGAUGUCGAAACAGCUCUCGCUUUUAGCCAAUGGGAGUGAACUCCACAUCAGCAGUGUUCGGUAUGAAGACACAGGGGCAUAUACCUGCAUUGCCAAAAAUGAAGUGGGCGUGGAUGAAGAUAUCUCCUCACUCUUCAUUGAAGACUCAGCUAGAAAGACCCUCGCAAACAUCCUGUGGCGAGAGGAAGGCCUCAGUGUGGGAAACAUGUUCUACGUUUUCUCCGACGAUGGCAUUAUCAUCCUGCACCCAGUGGACUGUGAGAUCCAGAGGCAUCUCAAACCCACUGAGAAGAUCUUCAUGAGCUACGAAGAAAUCUGCCCUCAAGGGGAAGGAGAUGCCACCCAGCCCUGCCAGUGGGCAUCAGCAGUGAACGUCAGGCACCGGUACAUCUACGUGGCGCAGCCGGCACUGAGCAGAGUCCUUGUGGUCGACGUUCAAGCCCAGAAAGUCCUGCAGUCCAUAGGUGUGGACCCUCUGCCAGCUAAGCUGUCCUAUGACAAGUCGCAUGACCAAGUGUGGGUCCUGAGCUGGGGGGAUGUGCACAAGUCCCAACCAAGCCUCCAGGUGAUCACGGAAGCCAGCACAGGCCAAGGCCAGCACCUUAUCCGCACCCCCUUCACAGGAGUGGACGAUUUCUUCAUUCCCCCAACAAACCUCAUCAUCAACCACAUCAGGUUUGGCUUCAUCUUCAACAAGUCUGAGCCUGUGGUUCACAAAGUUGACCUGGAAAGACUGAUGCUCCUCAAGACCAUUGGCCUGCAGAGGUACGGCUGCAUGCCACAGGCCAUGGCCCACACCCACCUGGGCGGCUACUUCUUCAUCCAGUGCCGACAGGACGGCUCCACUUCAGCCGCACCGCAGCUGCUGAUCGACAGCGUCACGGACUCCGUGAUUGGCCCCAAUGGUGAUGUAAGCGGCACCCCACACACAUCCCCCGAUGGACGCUUCAUAGUCAGCGCUGCUGCCACCAGCCCCAAGCUGCACGUGCAGGAGAUCACGCUGAGGGGGGAGAUCCAGACCCUCUAUGACCUGACAAUAAGCCAGGGCAUCUCCGACGUGGCCUUCCAGCGGUCCUUCACCCAGGGCAAUCAGUACUACGUCUACGCCACUCUGGAGACAGAGCCAGCCCUGCUGUUCCUGGAGCUGUCCACAGGGAAGACGGGUGUGCUGAAGAACUUAAAGGAGCCGCCCAGAGGGCCAGCCUGGCCCUGGGGAGGGCCCCGCAGGAUCAUGAGGGAUAGCGGGCUGUUUGGACAGUACCUCCUCACACCAGCCCAAGAGUCGCUGUUUCUCAUCAACGGGAGACAAAACACACUGCGGUGUGAGGUGUCGGGCAUAAAGAGGGGGACCAUGGUGGUAUGGGUGGGAGAGGUAUGA